AUGAUGGAAGGACUGAAAAAACGCACCAGGAAGGCCUUUGGGAUACGCAAGAAAGAAAAGGACACUGACUCCACAGGCUCACCAGACAGGGAUGGCAUCCAGCCCAGCCCUCAUCCCAAUGAUCCAACUUCCAAUAGCAAACCCGAGGGCACGCGGGAAGGAGGAAAUAAAAACGGGAAGAAAACCAACGGAGCCCCGAAUGGAUUUUACGCGGAGAUCGACUGGGACAGAUACAACUCCCCUGAGCUGGAUGAGGAGGGAUACAGCAUCCGACCCGAGGAACCGGGAGCUACCAAAGGAAAGCACUUCUACUCCUCCAGCGAGUCCGAGGAGGAGGAGGAGGCGCACAAGAAGUUCAACAUCAAGAUCAAGCCCCUGCAGGCCAAGGACGUCCUGCGCAGCGCCGCCACCGUGGACGAGCUCAAGGCCUCCGUAGGCAACAUCGCGCUUUCUCCGUCCCCCGUGAGGAAAAGUCCGCGGCGCAGCCCGGGGACGAUUAAAAGGAAUUUAUCCAGUGAGGAGAUCACGCGGCCCCGGCGCUCCACGCCCACGCCAGACCCCGCCAGCAAGAAACCCACCGAGGAUCCUGCGGCGCUGGCCCCGCUCUUCGGGCCCCCGCUGGAGUCGGCCUUCGAGGAGCACAAGUUGGAUGCUGCUCUGGACCAGCCUGAGAUCUGGGGGUCGGUCCAGCCCGCCAACACAAACGUAGAGUCCCCAAAACUUCCGAGACCUUUUCCAACUGGAACCCCUCCGCCGCUCCCCCCGAAGAACAUCCCGGCCACGCCGCCGCGCACCGGCUCCCCCCUGCCCCCGGCCAUCGGAGGGGACCAGGCAGCAGCAGAGCCCAAACGGGACAAACUCCCGUCCAUCAAUGACUUGGACAGCAUUUUUGGCCCCGUGCCGUCCCCCAAAUCUGCUGCUGCCACCGCAGAAGACAAGUGGGUCAAUUUUUCCGAUCAAUCCCCGGAAAACGCUCCUCCGGAAUUGUCGCCCCGGGAAAAAGCUCCGUCUCCUCCGGCGGCCGCGGGCAGCCCGGCCAGCGCUCCGGCCGAGCAUCCCCGCCCGCUGCCCUCGCCGCUGCAGCUGGAAGAAGCUCCCAAGAAGCUUUCCGAGCAGCCCCACCUUAAGGAUGAUUCCGCCGAGCCCGUCGCCUCUCCUAAAGAUUUUGGGCCGGGCCAAAGAGCCACCCCGCCGCCCCCUCCGCCGCCCACCUACCGCGCCGUGGUCUCGUCCCCCGGACCGGGCGCCGGCACGGGAAGCACCAGCGGUUCCUCGUCCCCGGCUCGUCCUGGAACGCCGCUGGCCACGUGUGGCACCCCCCCGCCGCCACCGCCCCGACCCCCGUCCCGGCCCAAGCUGCCCCCUGGCAAACCCCCCGUCAGCGAUGUGUCCAGGCCUUUUAGCCCUCCCAUCCACUCCUCCAGCCCUCCUCCGAUAGCACCUUUAGCCCGUGCUGAAAGUACUUCUUCCAUCUCUUCCACCAAUUCCCUGAGCGCAGCCACCACUCCCACCGUCGAGAAUGAACAGCCUUCCCUCGUUUGGUUUGACAGAGGAAAGUUUUAUUUGACUUUCGAAGGCUCGUCACGAGGCCCCAGCCCCCUGACCAUGGGGGCACAGGACACCCUGCCCGUGGCCGCGGCCUUCACCGAAACCGUCAACGCCUACUUCAAAGGCGCUGACCCCAACAAGUGCAUCGUGAAGAUCACGGGGGAGAUGGUGCUGUCCUUCCCGGCGGGCAUCACCCGACACUUUGCCAACAACCCCGCUCCGGCCGUGCUCACCUUCCGCGUGCUCAACUUCAACAGGCUGGAGCACGUCCUGCCAAACCCCCAGCUCCUCUGCUGUGACAACGUGCAGAGCGACUCCAACUCCAAGGAGUUCUGGGUCAACAUGCCAAAUCUGAUGACUCACCUAAAGAAGGUAUCGGAACAGAAACCUCAAGCCACCUAUUACAAUGUGGAUAUGCUCAAAUACCAGGUAUCUGCCCAGGGUAUUCAGUCUACUCCAUUAAACCUUGCAGUGAGCUGGCGGUGUGACCCUGCAAGCACUGACCUGCGCAUCGACUACAAAUACAAUACAGAAGCAAUGACCACACCGGUAGCUCUAAACAACGUCCAGUUCCUCGUCCCCGUCGACGGAGGAGUAACCAAACUUCAAGCUGUGCUUCCUCCUGCUGUCUGGAAUGCCGAACAGCAAAGGAUAUUGUGGAAGAUCCCUGAUAUCUCCCAGAAGUCAGAAAACGGAGGUGUGGGGUCGCUGCUGGCACGGUUCCAGCUGUCGGAGGGGCCCAGCUCGCCGGCCCCGCUGGCUGUGCAGUUCACCAGCGAGGGCAGCACCUUGUCCAGCUGCGACAUCGAGCUGGUGGGCGCCGGCUACCGCUUCUCCCUCAUCAAGAAGAGGUUCGCGGCAGGUAAAUAUUUGGCGGAUAACUGA